AUGUCUGCAUUCUCACCUCUGCGGCGCCAUUUUACGCCGCCAUUUGCCAGACCAUCCUCAUCACUGCGCUCUGACGCAGAACUCUCCGAGCAAGAGGACCUUGCACAAGACAGCAAGGACGUUCUCAUACAGCGACUAAACGAUCUUGCUGCCAAGCUGAGCCAGCAGGACCAUGUUCGGGAGCAAAAUGUCAACAGUCUGCACGCCAAGGUCGACGAAAUGGAGAACGUUCUGCUCACCCCCGGCUACCCGCUCAGUUUCAAAUCACGAAAGUCUAAGAAGUCUAAGCCUAAGAGCUUAAAUCUCAGAAUUAGCAGACACGACCCUGAGGUUUCAUGGGAAUCACCAAGAUUAGGUCAGCUGCUGUCUGACGACUCGUAUCAGUCAUCGCCUACACAAGUUUCCUCGUCAGUCAACGCUGGAGGAGGGCACCACGGUAAUCCAACCGAGACAGAUGCUUCGCAUUCGCCCAGCAUGUCAAAGGCCCGGGCAGAACAAGUUGUUGCGGAAGCCCAGACCUUGUGCAAAGGGAUGGAGGAAGUCAUCAUAAGCCUACGCGCCCGCCAGGAAGAGACCGAACACAUUCACGGACUCCUCAUCACACGCGCAGAGCGUGCUGCCCAACACAUCAUCUGCUUGGAGGCACGACUCAAGGAACUCGAAAGUGAGCGGAACGAAGGUGAGAUGGAUAUGCUCAACCUGCAGAUCCAGCUAAAGGCCAUCGAGGUCCAGUCCCUUAGCUACGUACCUAAGGAUGCAGAUCCAGACCUUCGAGCAAGUAUCGCUGUCUGGAAGGAAGAGUGGUCGACGCUGAAGCGUAGACGAGCCAAGAAGAAAGCCGAGCAGCUCGGAACAGACGAUACUCCUACUCCUACUCCUGCAACGAGAAGAAGAAGAACGCCUUUCCGCGAGUGA